AUGAAGAAGAGCGCCAUCAUGAGCUGCAUCGCGACCUCGCUCGGGGGCGGGUCCGGGGGCUCGUCGCCGCCGGCGGGAGGAGUGGGUGGUGGCAGGGGAGGAGACGGCGGGGCUGGCUAUGUCUCUGAUGAUCCCGGGCACGCAUCCUGCUCGAUGAAUGGCCGCGUCGAGCGCAAGAAAGGUACACCUUGGACUGAAGAAGAGCAUAGAAUGUUUCUGAUGGGUCUUCAGAAGCUUGGACCCCAACUCAAGUGGCAAGCCAUGCUCAGAGGUACUUUAUUAGACAUUGACAUGGUUGCAGAAAUGGUAUGCUUCUUGUUUGACAUGGUUGCAGAAAUGCAAAUGAAUGAGUCUCUAGCUGCUGUGGAACAAAGUACUAUCCAAAAUACUCAAGAUGAAGCUACAAGUUCAAAUCAACUGCCGACCUUACAUCUUUGGCAUCAGAAGGAAGCAGAGUUUGCUAAGCAAUCGCUAACUUUUCAGCUAAGGCAGCAUGAGGAAUCUAAAUAUGCAGAACCUUCAUUGACACUACCAGAUUUAGAGAUGCACUCCAGUGUACCAUUCAAUACCAUAGCUGUUCCGACGGUGCCAACAUUCUACCCUGCGUUUGUCCCUGUUCCACUAACUCUUUGGCCUACGAGUGUUGCCCAUGUGGAGGAAGCAGGUACAACCCAUGAAAUCCUAAAACCAACUCCUUUGAAUGGUAAGGAGGUGAUUAAGGCAGAUGAUGUUGUUGGUAUGUCUAAGCUCAGCAUUGGUGAGGCCAGCUCUGGCUCCAUGGAACCCACAGCUCUUUCCCUUCAGCUUAUUGGAUCGAUGGAUACAAGGCAGUCGGCUUUUCAUGUGAUGGAUGGGCUGAUGACCGGUGGAAAUGAUCCGGCUAUUAACGAGCGCACUGGUUCAGCAAAGAAGUAUUACAAAGCAAAAAUAUGUCUCGAGUCGGUCGACGGUAUCAGGAUCACGAUUCGGUUUGAUCUCAAAUCUCAGGAUAUCCAGUACAUGACGAGGGAAGAAUUCUCCCAAAUCGUCCCAGAAUAUGACUCCUGA